CUGCAGGUGAUAUUAAACCAGCUGCAGAGGUGCAUUUCAUCCUGACUGCGUCGUGCUUUUGUCCUAUAGUGGCACUAAUUUUUGCUUUUGGCAUUCAAAUAAAGCCUAGCAGCUGCAGCAAUGUCGAACCAGGGUAAACUCGUGCUGGAAAACUACAUUGGUGGAAAGUUCUUGCCAUGCAAAAAACACAUAGAUUCAUUCAACCCUUCUAUUGGAGAAGUUUACUGCAGAGUGCCGGACAGCGGAGCUGAAGAGGUGGAGGCUGCAGUGACAGCAGCCAAAGAGGCGUUUCCUAGCUGGUCAGCGAAGAGUCCAGCAGAGAGAGCUCAGGUACUGAAUAAACUGGCUGACUUGCUGGAGGCUCGCCUGGAGGAGUUUGCCCAGGCUGAGUCUAAAGACCAGGGGAAGACGAUAACCGCUGCCCGAAAUGUUGAUAUCCCUCGUGCUGUAUAUAACUUCAGAUACUUUGCCUCAUCCAUCCUGUACCACACUACAGAAUGCAGUCAGAUGGACCACAUGGGCUGCGUUAAUUACACCAUCCGCUGCCCGGUGGGAGUGGCUGGUCUGAUUAGUCCAUGGAACCUGCCUCUGUACCUCCUCACCUGGAAGAUUGCACCAGCUGUUGCUCUGGGCAACACUGUGGUGGCUAAGCCCAGUGAGAUGACCUCAGUCACCGCCUGGAUGAUGUGUCAGCUACUGGAGGAGGCCGGCUUUCCACCUGGUGUGGUCAACAUAGUGUUUGGGACUGGUCCGCGUGCAGGUGAUGCUCUGGUGGCCCACCCUGAUGUGCCAUUAAUAUCGUUCACUGGCAGCACAUCUACAGCCAGAGUAAUAACAGAGCGCAGCGCCCCCCACUAUAAGAAGCUCUCGCUGGAACUCGGUGGCAAAAACCCAGCUGUUGUAUUCGCUGAUGCGGACCUGGAGGAGUGCAUCAGAACCACUGUGCGCUCCAGCUUCUCCAAUCAGGGAGAGAUCUGUCUGUGUACCAGCAGGAUCUUUGUUGAGCGAAGUAUUUACCCACAGUUCCUGGCAAAGUUUGUGGACGCGGCUCGACAGUGGAAAACUGGAGUGCCCUCUGACCCCUCCAACAACAACGGUGCACUAGUGAGCAAGGAGCACUUGGAGAAGGUCAGAGGCUAUGUGUUCUUGGCGCGGGCAGAGGGAGCCCAGGUGCAUUGUGGGGAGGGUGUCGACACUCUUAACCUGCCACCUCAAAAUGUGGGCGGUUACUUCAUGCUGCCCACCGUCAUAACUGAGGUAAAAGACUCCUCCCGAGUUAUGCAGGAAGAGAUAUUCGGCCCUGUCACCUGCCUGACCCCCUUCGAGAAGGAAGAAGAAGUGAUAGCACGUGCUAAUGGUGUGCGCUAUGGCCUGGCAGCCUCAGUGUGGUCGCGGGACGUGGGGCGAGUGCACCGGGUUGCUAAGCAACUGCAGGCUGGGAUGGUGUGGACCAAUUGCUGGAUGAUCAGAGAUUUGAACCUCCCGUUCGGGGGCAUGAAGUGUUCCGGCAUCGGGAGAGAAGGAGGGAAAGACUCCUAUCACUUCUUUACGGAGGUCAAGAGUAUCACAGUCAAACACUAAGUUACUGUCAGCACAAAUACUUUGUAGCUCUACCUUGCUGGUGUACAGUUAGAGACUGUAGCUUAUCUGUUAAAUGCUUUUUUGUGUCUAUGCAGUUUCUGACCACAGAUCUACUCUUGACUGGUUAUUUUUGGAUGGUGGUCCACUCUCAGUCUAACGGUGACACUGAUUAAUGUAAAAACUUGUGCCAGCACCACACACAUUACCAUGUCAGUGUCACUGCUGUGCUGAGAAUGAUCCACUGACAUGACAGAUAUUAUAGUUUGUAACUGUCCACCUUUAUAGGGGUCCAACAAGCUAAGGGGAGCUUAUAAAUGGCCAAUUAAUGUUUCAAAAAAUGUGGCCCAUAAGGAUAAGUACUCUUUAUUAGGUACAGUCCUAUGCAAAAAAAAAGACAGCAGCCUUAAAUUUAUUCCAGUCAAAAUGGCCAAUAAAUACA